AUGACGGCUAUGGCUUUCAGACCAUCGACUGAUGUGGAGAAAGAGGGAGACCACAUUUGGCUUGGGAGUGAGAAGGGCGAGCUGUUUGAGCUAGACAUCCCGUCUGGAGCUGUCGUCGCGGAGAAGCGGAAUGCUCAUUCCAGCAAAAUUACAAAGAUUUACCGGUAUGCCGCGGAGAUGUGGACAAUCGACGAGGACGGAAAAGUGAACAUUUGGCCUCCGGAUGAAACAGGGUCCCCGAUCCUGCAACAGACGCCGAACAGUUUCCGGAUUCCCAAAAACCACAACUGCUCCAUCGUUUCCGGGGACAAGCUCUGGGUUGCGCAUGGUAAGGAGAUACGAAUCUAUCAGCGAAGCCCAGAACAGCACGGCUUCGUGCCCGUCCUUGCGCAAGCCUUGUCUCAUCCCAACGCUGGAGAAGUUACAGCCUCAGCGAUGAUUCCCAGCCAACCGGAUCGAAUCUACUUUGGUCACAAUGAUGGCAAGGUGUCUGUCUAUUCCCGGAAGGAUUACUCUUGCCUUGGGGUCGUCAGCGUUAGCGUGUACAAGAUAAGCUGCUUAGCGGGUGCAGGCGAUUACCUUUGGGCAGGCUACAACACGGGCAUGAUCUACGUGUAUGACACCACUCAAACUCCGUGGCAAGUCAAGAAGGACUGGCAUGCGCAUGCAAACGGCAAUCCAGUCGCAGGCAUCCAAGCAGAUCGAAGCAGCUUGUGGAAGAUGGACAGGCUUCAGGUUGCCUCACUGGGAACGGACAGCGUGAUAAGGAUAUGGGACGGUAUGUUGAGGGAGGAUUGGCUCGAGGCAGAUAUGCAAGAGCACGAUGUGGAAUUCUGCGAUUUCCGACAGGUGUCAGCCACAAUCAUGACAUGGAACGCAGGCGCCUCAAAGCCCACGAGCCUCAGCGGGAGGUUCGAAGAGCAGGAUGGCAGCUUCUUCAGAGAUUUGCUACGACCUGAUGAUCCUUCAGACAUUCUGGUUUUUGGUUUCCAAGAAUUGGUCGAUCUGGAGGACAAGAAGGUUACUGCAAAGAGCUUCUUCAAGAGCAGCAAGAAGAAAGACGCGUCGGACCAAGAGCACAUGAGCCGCCAAUAUCGUGCUUGGAGAGACCAUCUUGUUCGAUGUAUCGAGGACUACCUCCCUGGUGAACGCUAUUACCUCUUGCAUACAGCGAACCUUGUUGGUCUUUUCACCUGCGUUUUCGUGAGGGAGUCGGAACGCAUGAGGAUUCGAGACAUGAACGCUGCCGAAAUCAAGCUUGGUAUGGGUGGUUUGCACGGAAACAAGGGAGCUUUAGUUGUCCGUUUCACUCUGGACGACAGCUCCAUUUGCUUCGUCAAUUGCCACCUUGCGGCAGGUCAGAGUCAAACGGCUCAUCGCAACAACGAUGUCGCCACCAUCAUGGAGACAUCGGCACUCCCACCACAAAUGGACCUUGGAGCUCGCGCAGACGUGUUCAUCGGAGGAGGAGAUGGCUCCAUGAUCCUCGACCACGAAAUAUGCAUACUCAACGGUGAUUUGAACUACCGAAUCGAUUCGAUGACGCGCGACACGGUGAUUAGACAUGUGAAGGAGGGAAAUCUGACAAGACUGCUGGAGAACGAUCAACUCCUUCGGACCAAGAGAAGGAAUCCCGGCUUCCGGUUGCGCGCCUUCAGAGAGAACCCAAUCACCUUUGCACCGACGUACAAAUACGACGUUGGGACGGACAGAUAUGACACUAGCGAGAAGAAGCGCUCUCCAGCAUGGUGCGAUAGAUUGCUCUACCGGGGCCGAGGUCGCAUCAAGCAGCUGGAGUACAGGAGGCAUGAAGUUCGCGUUUCGGACCACAGGCCAGUCAGUGGCAGAUUCAAUAUCCGGGUCAAGACAAUCAACCCCAAGCGGCGGGCGAUCGUUUGGGAGCAGUGCGAGCACAGGUUCGAAGAACUGAAGCAGCGGCUCGCAACGGAUAUCAAGCUCGACUACCUGGUCAACGUGUUCGGACUCAGCUCGAAAGACGCGAUGAAGCUGCUGAAGCUGUAG